AUUCCCGUGGACUCUGACGGUUAUCCCACCUGCUCACUCACAUUCGUCCCUCACCGACAGCUCGGCCAUUUGGCUCCAGCGUUCCCAAAAAAGAAAAAGGAAAAGGUUUCUCACGCUGCAGCUGGACUCUGGGAGUCGGGAACCCUCGGGGACACGGCGCCCCGCCGAUGCCGAGUCAGGAAAGGAAAUGCCACGAUCCCUCCGGGGAGAGAGAGAGAGAGAGAGGGACGCGCUCUACCCCCAAAGUUAACCGCUCGUUGUCUGGCGGAGAGCAGCGCCGGGGUUUCCUAUUUCCGGGGGAGAAAAGAUGCACAAAAAAUCAUCAGGAAAGGAAAGCGAGGAAAGAAGCGUGACAGCGAAGAGAGAGAGAUGGAGGAGGAGGAGGAGGAGGAGGAUGCAGAAGUGGUGUGAGCUCUCAGAUAGCCUCCUGCUCUUUAUAUAGAUCUGCAUGAGGGCUGACUGACAGGGGACAGGCUGCAGCUUGGAGACCACAGCGCUCUAGCACACCCUCAAAGCCACGCCCACAGCACACACACACACACACACACACACACACUCUGUCUACACCACCGGGGCCCCAGAAGUCAACCGUACUUCUCUUUCUUCCUCCUUUCUGUUCCUCUGUUCGGCUCGUCCGGCUUCUAUUCUCUUUGUUGUUGUUUGUUUGUUUGUUUGUGUGUUCGGUGAAGACGGGCAGCGAUGGCGGAGCUGGAGGGCCUGGAGUUCGGCAAGUCCGACUUUGUGCUGCUGGAUGAGGUGACGAUGGAGCAGUUCAUGGAGAAUCUGAAGCUGAGGUUCGAGAAGGGCCACAUCUACACCUACAUCGGAGAGGUGGUGGUCUCCGUGAACCCGUACAGGCAGAUGGACGUCUACGGCGCGGACACCGUCGACGCGUACCGCGGCCGCGAGCUGUACGAGAACCCCCCCCACCUGUACGCCGUGUCCGACGCCGCCUACAAGGCCAUGAAGAGGCGGGCCAAGGACACCUGCAUCGUCAUCUCAGGUGAAAGCGGGGCAGGAAAAACCGAAGCGAGCAAAUACAUCAUGCAGUACAUCGCCGCCAUCACGAACCCGAGCCAGAGGGCGGAGGUGGAGAGCGUGAAGAACGUGCUGCUCCAGUCCACCUGUGUGCUCCCAGGCCAGCAACGCCCCGCAACCAAGCUAACCCAGCCGCGGAAAUUACUGCGCGGAGCCUCGGAGGAGACGCUGAGGUCGUUGCAUCUCCAGGGUGACGCCGCCGCCUACAUCUACACCCGAGAGGGCGCCGCCACGGCCACCUCCAACAACGACCGCUCGAGCCACCGGGCGGUGAUGAGCGCCCUGGAGGUCAUCGGCUUCUCCGUAGAGGAGGUCAACUCCAUUUAUCAGAUCCUGGCCUCCAUUCUCCUGCUGGGCGAGGUGCGCUUCGAGAGCGACGGCGAGAGCCGCUCGAUCCUGGGCCGAGGCCGGCCUCCGAAGCUGAUUUGCCACGCGGGGCGUGAUCACGCCCGCAAGAGCCCUGUUCUGCACGCCCAACAGGCGCUGAACGAGCUACUUCGGGCGGUGAUGAGCUUCAUCAACGGCGCUGCAGAGGUGUCAGAGCCACCCCCGCCUCCAUUCGCUGUGGACGGCAGGAACAGUCUUCACGCCAGGUCGCUUAGCCGACCUGUAGUUCUCGAGCUGCGCCCACGGAAGAACGUAAGUUCCUUAGCUAGGUGCGCUUCGAGACGCAAGCGAUAUUCGGGACGUUUGGGCGCGAUCUUUGACAGCAACAGCUUUGAACAGUUCUGCAUCAACUACUGCAACGAGAAGCUGCAGCAGCUCUUCAUCGAGCUCAUCCUCAGACAGGAGCAGGACGAGUACCAGAGAGAGGGCAUCGCCUGGCAGCACAUCGACUACUUCAACAACCAGAUCAUUGUGGACCUGGUGGAGCAGCCCCACCGGGGCCUCAUCUCCAUCCUGGACGAGGCCUGCCUGUCCGGGGGCCACGUCACCGACACGCUGUGCCUGGAGAGCAUGGGCACCAAGCUGGCCCAGCACCCCCACUUCACCUGCCGCCAGCUCAGCCCCACCGACAAAACCAUGGACUUCCAGAAACACUUCCGUAUCCGCCACUACGCCGGAGACGUCACAUAUUCCAUCGAGGGCUUUUUGGACAAGAACAAGGACCUGCUUUUCCAAGAUUUCAAGCGCCUCAUGUACAGCAGUGCCAACCAAGUUCUGAAGGAGAUGUGGCCAGAUGGUCAGCUGAGCAUCACGGAGGUCACCAAGCGACCUCUGACCGCGGCCACCCUCUUCAAGAACUCCAUUGUGGCCUUGGUGGACAAACUGGGCUGCAAGGACCCGUACUACGUGCGCUGCAUAAAGCCCAACGAGAUGAAGUCUCCGGUGCUGUUCGACGACGCCCGCUGCCAGCACCAGGUGGCCUACCUGGGCCUGAUGGAGAACGUGAGGGUGCGCAGAGCGGGCUUCGCCUACAGGCAGCAUUACGCCCGCGUCCUGCAGCGGUAUAAAAUGACGUGCGAGUACACCUGGCCCAACCACCUGAUGGGCUCGGACCGAGAGGCCGUGGAGGCCAUCGUCACCCAGCACGGCUUCCAGGACGACGUCGACGUGCGCAAGCUGUGAUGGCUCUUCACCCUGGAGCAGGAGCGAGCCGCCCUCAUCCCCAUCCUGGUGCUCUUCCUGCAGAAGGUGUGGCGCGGGGCUCUGGCUCGUCGGAGGUGCCGGCGGAUGAGGGCCAUCUACGCCAUCAUGGGCUGCUAUAAGCGCCACAAGGUGAAGGCACACUUCUGGGAGGUGGAGAGGAGGUUCGCCAACGUGCGAAACAUGGCCGACUACGGAAAGAGCGUGGAGUGGCCGGCCCCGCCUGUGGCUCUGACCCAGUUCCACAACAACACAGUCAUGCUGCAUCGCAGGUGGUGGGCGAGGCAGAUCGUGAAGAAAAUCCCUCCGUCCGACAUGCUGGAGGUCCGGGCCAAAGUGGCGGCCCUGACGGCUCUGAGCGGAGACAGGAAGGACUGGGGGGUCGGCAGAGCCUGGGAGAGGGACUACCUCGCCAAUGCGAGAGACGGCCCUCAGACCAGCUCCGGCUUCAUCCGAGUCUCCAAGGAGCUGAGGAGCAGAGACGAGUUCACUCAGGUCCUCUUCUCCGGCUUCUGUAGGAAGGUGAAUAGAUUCAACAAGAGCACCGACCGAGGCCUGCUCGUCACGGACAAGUGCGUCUACAAGCUGGAGCCCAAGAAGCAGUUCAAGGUCCUGAAGAGGCUUCCCUUGGACGCUUUGACGGGGCUGAGCGUGACCGCCGGGGUCGACCAGAUGGUGGCGCUGCACACGGCCUGCCGGGACGACGUCCUGCUGUGCCUGCAGCGCGGGGAGCUGAGCGCCAACCAGGACCGCGUGGGCGAGCUGGUGGGCGCCUUGGUGGACCACUUCACGCGUGUAAGAAAAGUCCACCUCCCCGUGAAGGUUUGCCAGUCGGCCCUGCAGCUUCACAUGCGGGGCAAACCGAAGAGCGUCACCGUGGAAACCAAGCUGGGCCAGAGGGGCGCCGACUUCAAGAAGAGCCGGGAUGGUUUCGUCCUGCUCGUCGCCCCCGACAACUAA